AUGAGUAGGGUGGCGCCGCCGAAGAGCUCGGAGAUUGAGGAUGGCGCUGCUGAUGGGGCGGCGGUGAUCCGGACAUACCAGACCUGGGAAGGCAGCAAUAAAUUUUGUCUUGGGGGAAGGUUCAUAUUCGGGCCUGAUGCUUUGUCAGUCUUUUUGACGAUAUUUCUCAUAGUUGCCCCGGUUGCGGUUUUCUGCAUCUUUGUGGCCAGAAAGCUGUUGGAUGUUUUGCCUGGCAAUUCAGGAAUCUCAGUUGUGGUUGUAGUUAUCGUUUUCACACUAUAUGAUUUAGUCCUUCUUCUACUGACAUCCGCAAGGGAUCCUGGUAUUAUUCCUCGCAAUGAUCGCCCACCAGAAAUAGAAACUUAUGGAGGUAGUAUGGAACUUGGGCCGGGUCAAACCUCACGUUUUCCCCGUAUGAAAGACGUAGUGGUCAAUGGAAUAACUGUGAAGAUCAAAUACUGUGAAACUUGUAUGCUAUAUAGGCCUCCACGGUGUUCACACUGUUCAAUAUGCAAUAAUUGUGUCCAACGGUUUGACCAUCACUGCCCGUGGGUUGGACAGUGUAUUGGAUUGAGAAACUAUCGGUUCUACUUCAUGUUCGUCUUCUCAACAACUCUUCUUUGCUUAUAUGUUCACGGAUUUUGCUGGUUUUAUAUUAAAAGGACAAUGGAUAUGGAAAAGACCACUAUAUGGAAAGCUAUGAUUAAGACCCCGGCCCUCAUUGCACUUAUCGUUUAUACUUUUUUAUCACUCUGGUUUGUUGGUGGCUUGUCGGUUUUCCAUCUUUAUCUCAUCGCUACAAACCAGUCAACAUACGAGAACUUUAGAUACCGAUAUGAUAGACUGACCAACCCCUACAGUAAAGGAGUGGUUCGAAACUUCAUGGAGAUUUUCUGUACUAGUAUUCCACCAUCAAAGAACAAAUUCCGAGCAAGGAUACAUAAAGAAUCUGCGAUACCACCUCACUCAGUAGGUGGCAGUUUUCAUGAUCCCGACUCAGGAAUGGCAAAGAACGAUGUAGAAACUGGUAUGAGCAGUGAAAGUCAAUAUCAAGGACAACUUAGACUUGACGAUGACAUGGACAAAAAUAGUGAACUCAAUGUUGCAUCUCCUGGCCGAAGCAGAAGUACUGGGUGUAGUUGGGGAAGGAGAAGUGGGAGCUGGGAUAGCCCACCUGAUCAGCUUGAAACGCCAAUUGAGAAUUUGAGAUCGAAUCAGAUUCAUCAUGCCAAUAGCGACGAUGACUUUGUCAUGAAAAAUAAGCAAUAG